AUGGUGAAGUUCCAUUCUAUCCGUGACCUGGCAAUACUUGCUCUAAUGAGCAGCCACAAGAAUGCUCUGAAGCUUCUAGGUUGCUGCCUAGACUUUGAGUUUCCAGCUCUGGUUUGCGAACACCCAGGAAGCACUAAAGUACUUUCCGAUCAGUUGUAUAGAAGAGGUAUGGCAUGUAAGGGAUCAUUAACAUGGAAAAGUAGAGUGAAAAUUGCUAAUGAGAUUGCCAAUGGUCUCAUUUACAUGCAUACCAUGUUUCCAACCCCUAUAAUUCAUAGAGUCAUAAGUCCACGUUCAGUCAUUCUGGACCAAUUUGGAAAUGCUAAAUUGUUAGAGUUCUCGAAUUCUAUAUCACUGCCUCCCGGGGAAACGCAGAUGAGUUUGGAUCAUGUAAUCGGGAUAUUUGGGCGUAUAGAUCCCGAAUAUUCUACAGGGGGGAUUCUCACCGAGAAGGCAGAUGUGUAUGGCUUUGGAAUGUUUAUUCUUGAUCUCUUGACUGGAAAGAGACCUUCAGAAAUUGAGUGUGGAGAUAAUCAACUUUUAGGUGCUUGUGUGAAGGAAUACUUGGAGGAGGAGAAGUUGAAUGAGAUUUUGGAUCAAAGAAUUGUGGAAGAGGGAGGGGGAUUGGACAGCAAGUACAAGCUUUGA